AUGUCGACUCCUCUACACAUUCCCUUCCGCAAAUCAGCACCCCUCACCCCGCCACUCUCGACGGCGAUAACAUCCUACAUAUCAUCUAAAUAUGACCAACAUCCUGAUAUGUUCAAGACCGAUUUGGUCACUAUCGAUAAGAUGCGCUCGGACGCUGUUAAUGUUCGAGAUGCUCAUGGCAGCGAGCUGGCGAAGUUGGGAGCCUAUGCUGCCGUUUUAUCGGCUGCCAGUGGGAAGUUUCCGGUUGAUAUCGGUGCAGAUUUUACAUGGUAUCCGGCAUUAGGAUACAACACCCAGCGUCCCCUUACCCAGAAUAAUCUACAAUUUGAGCGCGCGAAUAUAAUCUACAAUCUCGCUUCUUUAUACUCCCAACUUGCAGUCUCAGUCUCCCGUUCCACCUCCGAUGGUCUUAGACAAGCCUGCAACUACUUUUCCUCCGCCGCCGGAACCUUCGCCCACCUCCGUACCGAGAUUAUUCCCACGAUGCGAUCCCUGCCACCGGAAGACAUGGAUGUCAUGACCCUGGAGGCACUUGAAAACUUAAUGUUAGCACAGGCGCAAGAAUGUUUCUGGCAGAAGGCUGUAAUGGACGGCAUGAAGGACUCUUUGAUAUCUAAGCUUGCAGCAAAAGUUAACGACUUUUAUGCUGAAGCGAGAGAUAUUGCGAAGCAGUCUGAUACCGUGUCGACGGAAUGGAUUCAUCAUAUGACCGCCAAACACCACCAUUUUGCUGCGGCUGCGCAGUAUAGAGCCGCAUGUGAUGCCCUUGAGAAGUCGAAGUAUGGAGAAGAAGUGGCAAGAUUGCAGGAUGCACUUAAGUGCGUGAAUGAGGGAUUGAGGGAGGAGAGUUAUGUCUCUAAGGUUGUUACAACGGACUUAAAGGGUCUGAAACAAAAGAUUGUGGAUACGCUACGAAGGGCGGAGAAGGAUAACGAUUUGAUAUAUUUGGCGCCCGUGCCGUCGAAGGCUGAACUGGCAGUUUUACAGAGAGCUUCGAUGGUGAAGCCAGUGGUGCCCAAGGAGAUUACUGAGGCUAGUGCGAAGCUUGUGCCUGGUGGGGAGUACGGUCCACCGUUGUUUCAGAAUUUGGUGCCGUUCGCUGUCCAUAUGGCGGGUAGCAUAUACGUCGAAAGGCGAGAUCGGGCGGUGAAUAAUAUUAUUGAGGAAUUGGAAACCUUGACGGUGCAGUUGAGAGAGACCUUGCAAUCGCUCAACUUACCGGGAUCGCUGGAGGCAUUGGAAAAGCCGUUGGGUCUCCCGCCUGGACUCAUGGCACACGUUCAAGAAGUUAGGCAAACAGGCGGUGUGGAAGGGCUUCUCAGAGCCUAUGAUGACGUGACAAAGAUCAAGUCAAACGACAAGACUGUGUACGAAGAGUGCGUGGAGAUUCUCAGACUGGAAGAGGAGGAAGAUCAAAAGAUGAGACAGAGACAUGGGACUGAUAGGUGGCUACGAAAGCCAUCGAAAGAGGUGGAAUCAAACCCUAUCAAACAAAUCGAGGAGUACGGCAGCAUCAUACAGAGCGCGGAUAACUCGGACCGCCUUAUUAUGGAGAAAAUUCGAAUGUUUGAGGCGUCCCUGCGGCUGAUGCAGGGUAGUGAUGCCGGCUUACGGGACUUCGUACCAAAUUCCAGCCGCCCAAAGAUGAAUGUUCAGGUCGACAAAACAGCCACAAAGCUCCGACAACUUCUUGACGAAACCUCACGGUUUGAAUCCGCCAGAAAGCGCCUAAUUGAAAAAAUCCGUGAAAGAGGCAAAGCGGAUGAUAUUACACAAGCCCUACUUCUCGAAGCCGGAAAAAUCGAACUAGAACAACCAUUAAAACCUAUCGAGGCCGCCGACUUUGAAACACUUUUUGCAGAACGCCUGCGAGCGUAUGAUGAAUACCAACCUCUCAAGGCAGAGGAACAACGAAAGCAGGAUUCAUUGACGACAAAGAUCAAAGACGCAAAUACUGCGUUCGUGUCGAGCAGGAAGGUAGACGACAGUCUCAAAGAGCGAGAACAGGCGUUGCAAACACUGGAAACGGCCUACUCAAAACAUCAAGAAGUUAUUGGGAAUUUGGACAGCGGGAGGAAGUUUUAUAAUGACCUUGCCAAAUUAUUAGCGAGGCUACAACAGGAAGCUAAGGGAUUUGUUUAUGCGAGGAAGUACGAAGCAGAACAGAUGGAAAUGGAUAUCACAUCUGCAAUGUCUAAUCUCAGAAUAUCAUCGACACCCGCCGCAGCCCCGAUAGCACAAUACCAAAAACACCAAAAACCAGUGCAGCAGCCAGUACAGCAGCCUCAAGCACAACCUGUACCUUCUCGGUACCCCACAAGAUCACAAGCGCCAACUAGGCAAUCUGAAACAGCGACACCUCUACCAGCACCUCAGGCGCAAAGACCGCUAAAUGUGCCGUCUGUGCCAACGGUCCAGGGUGGUGGAGUUUGGACGCCGGAUCAGGGUAUUAGGUUUGGACCGCCAGCUGGCGGGGCUGGGAGGGGGAGGUAG